AUGGGACAGAUAGAGAUUAUCACAGUCGCGCCUCAUCACUUUGGUGUUUCUGACAUCGAAGUGAGUAUGAGCGAAUUCUCUGAGAAGCCCUUCACAUUUGCGAUCAACAUGGCUUCGCGCGUGAUGAGUGUGAUGGCAUCCAUAAAGUCCAAAGAUGACCUGAAGAGCUUGAAGACGGAGUCCGGGAAGCCAAUGUUUGAUCACAUCGCUGACGACAAGCUUGAAGCAUCGGCAGCGUUGCUUUCGAAGUUCGACGAGCUCAAGAAGGUCACAAAGGAUGAAUCGGCCGACAAGCAUAUGGCAGGCACAUCUUCGGCCAAUUCCAGCGUCACGCUAGCAGAUUGGACUGGAGACCAAUCCAAAGGUGGCGAAACUCGCACGUCGGAAGAGAAAUCCUGGUUUGGCAAAGCGCUCGACGUUACAGUGGAAUACGUCGGAGACGCCAUCGAGUUCCUAAGGAAAGCCGUCAAAUUCGUGGUCAAGUGGGCUGUCAAGAUUGUCGGGCCCAUAGUCAAGUUCAUCAUCAGGAUUGGGUCUAAGGUUCUCAGCAUCGUCGUCAGUACUGCAGUCGCUUUAGUGCGAGCUGUGGUAGGUGUUCUUGAUAAUUUACUAGGAACUGAUAUGAUGGGAUGGCUUGGUCUUCAUUUCGGCAAGCACAUCCCCAACAUUCAAAAUCGACUCAAAGAAGUCACGUUGGGAUCUCUCAACGUACUGAAUCGCUUCCUUAUAACUAAUCGGGAAAGCCUGCUUCAAUUCUUUGAAGACGCUGAAGACGUUCUCUUUAGUGAUCUGCAAAAUGCUGAAGAGAAUAAGGUACCGCAAAAGGAAUCGUCCAUUAUGCGCUUCGUACGAUCUGUGCUGAACUCCCCUAUCAUAAAACUUAUUUUCAAGUUCAAUCCUAUUUCAUGGAUCAUGGAAGGCAUUUCAGAAGGCAUGGACGAGACCUUUUCAGAUUGGAAGCUGCCCAACUUUAGGCCUCUGGUAGAUGCUAUCGGACUAUCAGCCAAAGGCAUUCUGGAGAUUGGCCUUGGAGCCUUCAUGGAACUAUUCAACGUCAUAUCCAUGUCGGCGACUGACGCGUUGACGAAUCCAAGGGAACUGAUGCCUAUACUGAUCAGGGCGGUCAAGAAGAUGUUCAAGGGAGCCUUCGAUGCGACUCGCGACCUAGCACUCCUUGCUUUUGACACUCUCAUUCGAGUUGUGAUGACUAUUCCAGCAAUUCUGACGCAGGCAUGGAAGAUUCCUGGACUUACGGACCUAUGGGAGGACUGGAUUGGCCAGGAGUUCUCUCUCAUCAAUUUUGCUACCUAUGGAAUCGCCGUCUUUGUAGAUCUGGUGACAAUCGGAUUCACAGAAGCAAAGAAGGACAAGGUGUUUGGAAAGCCAUUCGGCGAGGAGUGGACACAGUUCGAUAUUGAGCCAAUGUAUCGCAGUGCGCGACGCGCGGCCGAUCAAGCAGCUCUAGCAGCAAAGUACCCUGGUCCGUCGCUGCCUGAGCAUACCAAUCCUCUGAUUAUGAUGACGACAAUUAGCGACGCUAGCAAAGGAGGCGAUAAUGCGAGUCAGAAGGAGAAAGAUAAACAAAACCUAGAGAAUACACUUGGCACAAGCUUCGCUUUUGUGGGGUGCGUUCUCGGAGGAAUGAUAGAUGUCCUUGGGAGUGUAAUUCCGGCCAGCGGCUCGACUGCAGAGGAGUUCCAGAGGACUGCAGUCCAACAGAAAUACUUCCUCGCCAUUGGUGGAACGAUGUUCAAUACUUCAUGCGCAGUUAUAUCCUGGCAAGUGGGAGAGACCUGGCAGACAAUUGGCAACCUCGCUGGUGCAGGCGCAGUUCUGUCUACACAUAUUCUUUCAAGAAACCCUGCUGGAAUGAAGAUCACACUGGCAUGUCUGGUGGCCGAUGGAGGCCUCACUGCAUACAGCAUCUACUCUUGUAAGUCCCAGUCCCUUCCCACCUCAGCACAAUCAUACAGAAGAAGCAUGCUAACUGCAUCGAAGCGGUCCGCAAGCUUGAUAAAAUAG